UCUCGUCACUCUCCAGGCCCCGCCCUCCGUCCGCAUCUCCCCUCACCGAGCUUGAGGCUUCCCCCAUUUAGUGCACCGCCCACUGCCCUUCAGGCUCCAGGCCCCGCCCCCUCUCUCUCGCCUCUCCGCCUACCACUGCCUCCUCGCCCUCUAAGCUCGCGGCCCCGCCCCUUGCCCCGAUCAAGCUCACCGUCCACAGCCUCCGCCCACCUCUCUCUGGGUCCGCCCUCAUGCUCGAGGCCCCGCCCCCGCUCUCUGUGCCUCAGCUCCUUUAAGGCACUGGUAGCCGAGGGCGCGCGGGUGGGGGACGUUCGGUUUGUCCAGAGUCAGGCAGACACACCCCGGUUGAGGGUCGCCCCUGGGCGAGGGCACGAGGUGAGGCGGGGGAUGGGCACCGGAGCCAACACUGCGGAGCACGCUCAGUCCAGGGUCCGGCCGCCCGCUCCGGCUCCAGGCGAGGACUUACAGUGGCCUCCGGAGGGAGAGUGAGCCGAAGUUCUUCUGCUCGAGCUACUAUGGAAAAGUACCAGGUGCCGUGAUGUCCCUUGCGGGGACAGGCUGCCCGGGCCCAAGGUCUGCGCGCCACGGGGCAACGGUCACAGCCCACCCAGCACCAGGUCAGCCUAGGGAGGCGGAGCCCAUAUCUCAGUAAGAUUUUGUACCAGCUGAGUCCUGGGGCCUUAGGGGUGAACCUGGUGGUGGAGGAACUGGCCACUGAAGCCAAGCUCGUGAUAAAGCAGGUGGAAUGCCUUGAUGAGCAUCAUACCAAUGAGGCCCUGGAGGAGGUGACUCUCUGGACAAUGUUCUCUCUAGAGGAACAGGAUGCAGCAUACUUAUAGAGACUGUUCUGCACCCCCUUGUUGAGUGACAGGGUGAAGGGAAGUCAUAAUUAGUUCUUGGCCAGGUCCUAAAGGGAGUCCAUAACCCAAACACCCACUUCUAAAUGCAGGAACUGCCCAUUUAGAACACAUCUUCCCAAAGGAGAUGAAGCUUAACUGUUGGCUCAGUCCCUAGGCUAAUCCACCAAUAACCAUCUCUCAAAAAAGAUGAUUUUGUUUAGGGCUGAGGUGUAGUUCAGUCCAGAGUGCUUGACUGGCAAGGCCCUGGGUUCAUCCCCAGCACUGCAAAAGAGAAACUUUUUUUUCCUUCAACUAUGAAAGUAUUAGUUACAGUGCAAAUUUUGGGAAAUGCAGAAUUAUUUAAUAAUGAAAAUGUAAUUCUGCCAUCUUAAUUCUACCAUCUGGAAUGGACCAGUGGCAGCAGCCUGAUUUACAAUAAUGGCAAUUUAUCAAAUGGAUAAAUAGAGGCUGUGAGUAGCUUUUCUUUGCCUUUCUAGAAUUUUAUACGGGGUGAAAUGUAUCUUCUCCCUUAUGGUCACUGUUUGGUCCUCUUUCUGGAAUUGCCCACCCUGUGCCUUGCUGGCUAGGCACCUCUUGGGUCCACAGUGUGACUGAAGCACAGGUGGGCCUGGGCAUGUUCUGAUGUGGGGAACACUUACACUGCCGACAAGCAAGCUGCUCACGCCUGGCCAGCAUCUGAGCAGUUACCCAUCAGCCCAUAUUCUCCAGGUUAAUUGUUCCUGAUGCCCACCUUGGUUUGUUUUCAAAGCACUCUGCUGGGUCAAGGGAACUUCAGGUGGGCUCACCUGCCCCAGCCAGCCCCAAAGGUGACAUAUCCUGCACACCAUCACUUGACCUGCAUCACCUCCCCGUGAGGCAGGUUCCAUGGGAACCACCAUUUUAAUUUUCAGUUUUAUUUUUUGCAGAGCUGGGAAGGGAAUUCAGGGCCGUGUACACGCUAAACAAGAACUCUGCCACUGAGCCACACCCCAGCCCACUGCUGUUUUCAGAUGAGCACAUGAGGCUCAGAGAUGCUGACGGUCUGUCUCGGUCACACAGCACAGCAGGGCAUGCUGGGACUGGCCUCAUACCAGACCUUCCGGCAGUUAGCCAUAAGGCUGCACUGCCUCCCUGCCCUGGCUCCCCUGCCUUGCCAGAGCCAGCAGCUUGCGUUUCUGUUGGGAUAUAUGACAGAGGAGCACCAGCUGCACACUGUGCUUCCCUGACCACGGUUUCCUCCCUCUCGUCCCCAUAGCUCAGGCCUCUGCUAAAGCUUCAGCACGCCCACAUCUCCCUGUACCAGGAGCUGUUCAUCACGUGGAACAGUGAGGUCUCCUCUCUGUCCCUCUGUCUGGUGAUGGAGUACAGCCAGGGUAGCCUCCAGAUGGUCAUUCAGAGUAAGAGGGAAGAGAAGGCAGUCAUGGAUCCAAAGUGGAUGCAGGAGAUCCUGGGUCAGAUGUUGGACGCUCUGGAGUACCUGCACCAGCUGAGCAUCAUCCACAGGAAUCUCAAGCCUUCUAACAUCAGCCUGGUCAGUAAAAACCACUGCAAACUCCAGGACCUGAGCUGCAACGCACUGAUGACCCACAGAGCCAAGUGGAAUGUCCGUGCAGAGGAAGACCCCUUUCAAAAGUCCUGGAUGGCCCCCGAAGCCCUGGACUUCACCUUCAGCCAGAUGUCUGACGUCUGGUCCCUGGGCUGCAUCAUGCUGGACAUGGCCAGCUGCUCCUUCCUGAAUGCUACAGAAGCCAUGCACCUACGGAAGUCCCUCCGCCAGAACUCUGGCAGCCUGAAAGCCAUCCUGAAGACCAUGGAGGAGAAACACAUCCCAGAUGUAGAAACCUUCUCUGACCUCCUGCCCUUAAUGUUGCAGAUCAACCCCUUGGAUCGAAUAACAAUCAAGGCUGUGGUUCAUAUGACCUUUGUGAGUGGCUCAUUCAAGUCCUCAUGUGUGGCCGUGACCCUGCACCAGCAGGUGGUGCCCGAGAUCAUCACCAGCAUACUGUUAGAAGGCAACGUCACCAGCAUCUUAGAGGCCAUGGAGAACUUCCCCAGCCGUCCUGAAGUUCAGCUCAAGGCCAUGAAGAGGCUUUUGCAGAUACCUGAGGACCAGCUAGGGCUGCCGUGGCCCAUGGGGCUGGUGGAGGUGGUGGUCACCGCUAUGAAGCUGCAUGAGAGGAUCCUCGACCUGCAGCUUUGUGCCUGCUCCCUGCUACUGCGCAUCCUGAGCCAUGUGCUGGUGCAGGAUGCAGAAGCCCAGGUGCCAUGGGAUAUCUCCAUCAUCUGCUCCCUGCUGAGCAUCAUGCGGAGCCACUCAGACUCGGAGCAACUCAUCAUCCAGGGCUACAGCCUGCUCACCAUAAUCUCUAGCCAGGUGCAGGUCUCUGAGGAACUACAGAAGGCGGGGCUGUUUGAGCUCAUCCUGGAGCACCUGCACAGAUUCUCCAAGGACAGGGACAUCUGCUUCAGUGCCUUGGGCCUGCUCUGGUCCCUCCUGGUGGAUGCUAUCAUUGUGAACAAAGACCCUGUGGUGAAGAUCCCAGCCCUGGUCAUCCAGGUGCUGGACACCCACCCCACAGAUGCAGAAAUAGCUGAGGCAGGCUGUGCGGUGUUCUGGCUGCUGUCCUUGCUGGGUGAGAAGCUCAGGCCCUUGAGAGUGAGUGGGGAGGGCAGCCCUGGACACAGGGCAACCAGGUCCCUGUCCUCUGCAGGCUGCAUGAGUGAGUGGCAGUUUGAGAAGGUGGUGGAGCUGCUUUUGCAAAGCAUCCGGCUGAGCCAGGAAAGAGUACUGCUGGUGAAUAAUGCCUACCGAGGGCUGGCCAGCCUUGCCAAGGUGUCAGAGCUGGCAGCCUUCCGGGUGGUGAUGCCACAGGAUGGUGGCAGUGGCCUCACCCUCCUGCAGGAGACCUAUCAGCUGUACAAGGAUGACCCUGAGGUGGUGGAGAACCUCUGCAUGCUGCUGGCCCACCUUUCCUCCUACAAGGAAAUCCUGCCAGAGCUGGAGUCCAGUGGCAUCAGGGCUCUGGUCAGAGAGAUCCAGGGGCGCUUCACCUCCAGCCUGGUGAGUGACAGGAGGGCCUUCAGCAAACUAGGCCAAGCCCCUACACCUGGGGACAUGGGCUGGGCAUGUUUACUUGGAGCAGGCUCUGAGUGCUGUGGGCAGACUUCAGUGACACUUCCCUGCCUAUUACUCCAUCUCUGGGACUGGGCCAGUCAACCCUGGGGGGAGGGGUGACCAGAGGGUUUCACAAAUUGGUGGAUUUCAUCAGUUAAUGGCUCCGACCCCAAACCCUCCAAGAGGAACCUGCCUAUCCCUUCCAGGAGCUGGUCUCUUAUGCAGAGAAAGUGUCCCUGAGUCUGGAGGCUGCACUGCACAGCUCCCAGGAAAGGAAGCUGCUUGGAGCUGCUGUCGGGGAGGAAGCAGCUGCUCCUAAGGUCCCCAUUCUCCCGGAAGGCCGCCCCCA